AAAAAGGAGAAAGACAGAAAAUGGAAAGUGGGAAAGAAGGAUAAAGACCCAACGGCGGACAGGACCAUCGAAUCUCUGUAUAAGGAACUAGUGGAAGAAGGCUUACUGAUCCAGGCUCUGAAAGUCAACCUCUCUGAUUACAUUGGUGAGUACAGCUACCUGGGGAGUACUCUUCUCCAGAUGUCCAUAGAACCCAUGCCUUCCCUCCUGGAUGUCCGACAGCUCAUCACCCUGUACGGGAUCCUGCCGCUAGGUUCCAAAGCAGUGCAUGAGAAGGCUCCUUUGGUGAAAUCCCUGCUCUUGGCUGGCCCCUCUGGGGUGGGAAAGAAGUUGCUGGUCCAUGCCAUCUGCACCGAAACGGGAGCCACCCUCUUCGACUUGUCUGCAGCCAACAUUGCCGGGAAAUACCCAGGCAAAAGUGGCCUCCAGAUGAUGCUGCAUAUAGCCCUCAAGGUGGCCCGCCAGCUCCAGCCCUCCGUGGUGUGGAUUGGAGACACCGAGAAAACCUUCUACAAAAAAGUCCCCAACGCCGAAAGGAAGAUGGAACCUAAGCGCCUGAAAAAACAGCUUCCCAAAAUCCUGAAGCUCCUGAAACCAGAUGACAGGAUUCUGAUUGUGGGGACAACACAGCGACCUUUUGAUGCUGAACUUCAACCUUUGUGCAAAGUUUAUCAAAAAAUUAUUCUGGUUCCCAGACCAGACUAUGCUUCCAGAUAUGUUUUGUGGAAAGAAAUCAUUCAGCGCCACGGCGGAGUCAUCACUGGUGCCUUGAGUGUCAGUUGCCUGGCACAGAUCACCGACGGCUUCACCCAGGGCCACAUCGUCCAAGUGGUGAAGGAGGUGCUCACAGAGCGCAGAAUCCGGCAGCAAUCUCACAAGCCGCUCACCGCCCUCGAGUUCAUCGCGUCUCUCACCAGCAUGAGUCCCGUCUACCAAGAGGAAGAAGAGAGCUUUAAGGACUGGUACGCCAAGACCCCUAUGGGUAAAAAGCGAGCCUUGGCAUUAACAGGAGAUAACAAAGAAAAUGAAAAGGACAAAGGAAAAGAGAAGGAGAAGAAAGGAUUAAAGGAGAAAAAGAAAAAGUAAUGCCUCUCUGAGGAGCCA